GGCCAAGCAGGUAGAAUGCUACACGUGGAAAAUCAUCAUGUUUUGAAAUGGCACUUUCGUUCAAGGUAUGUAUCUGAACAAUCUCCUGAAUCUCUGAAGUCAUUCAAGCAGACAGUAUAUAUAGUUCUAAUUGUGCUUCCUGUUUAGUUUUCUAACUUGCUAGGCACCGUCUAUCGGCAAGGUAAUACUGUUUUCAAUGAGGAUGGCGACUGUAUUUUGAGUCCAGUAGGGAACAGAGUAUCUGUCUUUGACCUUAAAAAGUAAGUGGUGUAAACAUUUGUUAUCAAGGAUCUGGAUAACCUUGCCUCAGUAAUAUUUCUGUACGGUUUUUUAAAUGCACUGUUAAAGUUAACAUGAUGUUAGCUUAAGUUGAUUUAACUCAUUCUUAUGUCAGGGUAGCUUAUUGGAGCUACUAAGCCGGCUUAUUGGACUUCAACUUUUUUGUUGCUGUUCGUUCUUGUUGUCGGCCGUGUUGUAUGUUCAAGCUCCGAAUAACUGAAGUUUUGUUACAUGUAUUGGCCCCUAUAGAUUGCAGGUCUCACUUACAUUGGUGAGACCAUCAAACCUUAGUACACAUCUGUCUAAACACAAGAGGGCAACAAGAAAUGGUGAUGUCAACAAUCACAUUGUUGAACAUCAUUUACAGACAAAACAUUGAAUCGGCUGGGACUCUAUGACAUGCAUUAUGUAUUCUACAGACUACUAUCAAUGACUCACUUUAGAAAGUUGGUUUACUGACUUAAUUGGAACAAAUGCCACUGAAUCACAUUCAGCAGUUACCAGCACCAUAUAGGUGAAUUAUUGAUGGCUCAAGCAAAUCUGACUACCACAGAAUGACUGGGCAACUGACAAUUUGACUGAGAAUAAACAACAGAUAAUCUGUGACAAAAGAUGGAUCAAAACUGACCAAUCACAGUCUUCAUAGUCAAUAACAUCUUGGCUUAACUGACAGAUGACCAAUAACAUCAUGACUUACUUUAGUAAUUGACCAAUCAGGUCAAUAAUCAGAGUUUAAUACAAACAACUGACAUAAUACAACUCACUUUGACUCCGAAGAUGGUUACCACACAGGUUGUUGAAACAUCAGUCACUGUCAACAACAGUCGACCUAUUCAGGACUAUACUUGUCCAGACUAUCAUAUCCCACCUACUUAUGAAACUACAAUAUUAUCGCCAUUAGUAAACUGAUCUGGUAAUUGCUUGUCAAUAGCUAGCUUGUAGAGUUACCAUUAAGCUGCAUAGACUUAGAAGACUGAAUAAAACAAACAAAUAAAGAAAGGAGUAAUGUUUUAGGCAUCCUAAAGUACUGAUGAACAGUUAGGACUCAGAUAUUUCUAGCAACCACAAUUUGCCAUCUGUCCUGUUUGAACUAUUAUAAGUAACUCAUGGGAUUAUUAACAAUUAUUCCUCAAGCCCAAAUGGGCUCUGAGUCAAUAGCCCAUGAGGCCAAAGGCCGAAUGGGCUAUUGACUCAGAGGCCAUGAGGAAAACGUGAUUCAGCCGCCAUUGUUUUGGUUUUCAAAGCCGGCGCUUUUCGCUACUAGUGGGCUAUAACAUAUAGCCUAGUAGUAGCUCAACCAAUCAGAACACAGCAUUGAUAAUAGACCACUAGUUGGCUUUUACUAAUAAUAGAUAUGCAAGCAUUACAGACAUGAUUAAAGACUUUGGGUGGGAUACGCUGGAAAUGAGAGGAAGACACUUUAGGUUAACACUUAUGUACAAACUAACUCAUUGUCUUGUUGAUAUAGAUAGCCAAAAAUAUUUAAUUCAACAUUCCGGGAGACAAACGUGCCAUAUGCAAAUAAGGACAUUUUUAAAUGUUUGUGUUUUCUGAGAACUAUAGCUGACUGGAACUGCCUCCCUGGGGCCAUUGUAUCAUCAACUUCAUUGGAGUCUUUGAAAUCUAAUUUGUCAGCUUUUCUUAAGUAGUAGUUACAUAGCAGGAGCCCAUAACCCGGAGCGUUCAACUGCCAAAAACUCGUGCAACGGCGUGUUUACAAGUGAGUUUAUUUUUAGAUAAGCUUUUCCCGCAAAAAAUAACUGUCUCACGAGGUCAAUUCCUGCAUUUGAUCGUCGUUUAGACUGUUAGUAGCUCGCUUGGACCUUUUCAUAGUCAGCUAUUUCGAAGAUGAUUUCGAUUUAAUUCCCUUUGCGUGAAUUAUGCAUUCUCGUCGAUGAAGUAGACGUCCUGGCUAGGUUUUGUAAAUCUUCUUCUGAACUGCUAGUUUCCGUGUAAAUACUUAAAAUGUCGUUUGAAGUACUGCCAGAAGACUCCUCUGAAGAUUCCUCACGUGUGUCCGCUAUGUUUUUUUUAAUGUGAAGGAGUUGUCCUAGUUACGUAUUAAAAGUUUAUCAUUGAUGAUGCAAUUGCUAGUGUUUGGUUUUUCAAAAGCAGUUCGUGGGAAAAGCUUAAAUCUAAAAAUAAACCGACUUGUGAAAACGUCGUUGCAUAGGCGCAGUAUGGAAGUUAGAUGCUCCGGGUUAUGGGCUCCUGUACAUAGUCACUGUUAUUAAAUUUUAUAUCAUUAUUUUAUAUUAUUUUAUGGAUGGUGUGAUGUCUUAGCGAUUUUUACCGACCUAAUAUAUGUAGAUGCUGUAGAUGUAGAUGGAAUGAUGUAUAUGUUGUGGGUCAAUUUUAUCAGUGGUUUCAGUUUUUCUUUGUUUCAAACUCAUUAUACAUUACCAUACCCAAAAACAAAAGAAAUGAAACGUCAAAUGGAGGAUAAAACUGAGCCAGAAUAUAUAAAACGGAAAAUUAGAGACUGUUCCAGAGUGGGAUUGUGCUAGAAUAUUAAUUUUGUAUGGAUCCUCUGAAACUGAUAAGUUUGGUUGGAAAAGCAAUAGUAGCUAUAUUGGAGUUAAUCUUGUAGAAUAUUGUCAGAUUUUUCGAUUGUGCGCUGUUCCUUCAACAAUUGCCAGUUUUGAUCUGCAACUGUAGCAGGAAUGCAUAACAGCAUUCGUUCAAAAUAAAUCAUGCACCGCUUCUUUGGGAAGACUCAAUAAAAGAAAUAUCCUUGAUGAUACAACGUGCAAAGAAAGUAGUGUCCGAUAGCCCGCAGGCUAGUGGAUUUUGCUAUCGGGCUAGAGAAUUCUGUUUUUAACUUGCCCGAUGGGCAAGUGAUGUUUUUCGAGGAAUUCAAAUAACAGAAGAACUGUGAAAUCAAUUCUGCUCAUCAAAAAGCUUUUGGGGCUAGUUGAAAUGAUGUCUGGGCUAGUAAAUGCUAGCUUCAUGCAGCUUGCCCGAAUGGCAAGCUGUAAAAAUGAUUUUCUUUGCACCGUGUGAUAUGUGGUGGCCAUUCAACAAAUGUUACUCCUCAAUUUGAUGGACCAGGCUAACUGAUGUGGGCCUGCAACUUGAUUGUGACCCCACAUAAUGCGAGGUUUACAUAAAAUAUUUUAAUUUUCAUGUUCUUUUUGUUGUAUUAGUAACAGAUCAUGGACUCUACCUUUUGAAAACCAUAAGAAUAUUUCAAGAAUUAGUUUGUGUCCAGAUGGCAAGAUACUCAUUGCAGUUGAUGAAGGUUUGUAUGGCAGAAUUUGGUAGCACGUAAGUGAUAAUAAGACAUUUGGUACAAACACAGCGGCCUGCAUUUAUGUUUUUUUUCUCAUAAGCAAAGCUCAUCCUAUUGUUGCCCAGGUGGUGGCAGAAUUAAGGGGGGAGUAUUUAUAACACUGAUAAAACACUAACAUUUAUUUCUUUACAUGGUUUGGUAAUAUUAUCAUGUGUUUAAGAUAGCAAGGACACUUCUCUCUCGUUGCAGAUGGAAGGUGCAUUGUAGCCAAUCUUAAGAGGAAAACUGUUCUUCAUCAGUUUAACUUCAAAAAGCCAGUUUUUGAUUUAAAAUUUUGUCCAAAUGGAAGGUAAGUAAAACAGCUGAAUACCAGUAUAUUGUUCUCUUUGGCGUUCAGAGCUGUGUUUUGUAACAAAGUCUUCUAUACUUCAUGGAGGUUACUAGGAAACACUGAAUAUAUGUUAGUUAUUAACUCUGGAGGGUUGCAGAUAUGUAGGUACAGAUGCAGUGUCUUAUUAACUCAUUAUUGUGUCACAGCUUUAAAUGGACCUUUGAAGAUUUUUUUGGCAAAAGUGAAUAAUUGUGAUAUGCCCAAAGAUUGCCAAAUACUGCCAUGCUGCUAGUAGCCUGAGAUCAUGCCCUCUCCCUAUUAUCCCUUUAUGUCUCUCACGGGAAGAGGGCAUGAUACAUUUCUUUGUCAGAUCACAUGUAAAAAUAAAGCCAGAAUCUGGACUUUUUUCUGAUUGGAUGGGAAACAAUACAGAUGAUUUGCACUGUUCCGAUUGGCCAAAAUGCCGCCAUCCGUUAGUUUUUGUUGAUUUCAGUCUGCAUUUUUGCUUGCGUAAUGAGCAGUGAAUACACACGCGAGUUCGUUAUGAAAUUUCUGCCGGCUCAGUUUUCUUGAAUUUUUAGAAUGCCUAAAUAGAAGUUUCAUGCAUUGAAAUAUUUUCCAUCUCAUCGUAUACUAAAAAGUUGCAGUCAAAACUUCACCGAUCAUUUAAAUGCAAUUUGAUACCGGCUACAAGUUACAGAAGCGACAAACGGGUUCGGCUUUUCAAAUAAUCAAUUCAUGAAUGGAAUCGUGACCUGGUUUGACUGUAAUUCCUCCUUCAGAAAUCUGCGAACUAUCCUGAGUGAUCUUCGCUUUCACAACACCUUUCAGUUCGUGAAAUAUGGUGCUUCAGCGUAAUUUUCUUUUUCACUGCUUUCGGCACAGAACGAAGUCAACAAGCUUUAACCAGCAAAUUUUUUAUUAUUUGUAGCUGUUAAAUAGAGGUACGGCAGCUCCAGCUAGCAGUAUUUCAUCACAAAAACAACACAUUUAAAUUUUUUUUAGGAAUUGAACCACCAUCUGAACAUGGAUGUACUUAAAAAUUUUCUUUUCCCUAAACUUGAUUUCAGAAGAGACAUUAUUCGCGCCAGAAUUUGAUUCCUGUAUGGUAAACGCUUAUUGGCUAAUAACAUGACAGGUCACAGAGACGUUAGAUUAUGUAAAUUACGGGGCGGUUGACGGCUUGUUAAAUGAAUGUAUCAGGCGUUAUUUUUUUCCCUCUCAAGCCAAAGAAGCAAACCAAAAAAUAAAAAUAAAAAUAACGCCUGAUCUCAGGUUAUGCUGCUAGCAGAGACCUGUUCCCUGGUAUUCUUGCCUGCCAAAUACCAGGAAAAGAAGCUUCUGCUAGCAGGGAAAUUGCUAAGCUGACAGGUUGGUUUGAGGAUUUCAUCAGGUAGAGCAUUUUAGAGCAAGAAAAGAAGAAAUUAAAGUGGUGUAGCAUCUUUGUCAAAUAUCACCCAAAAGCCAUCUUAAAUCACUCAAAAGUAAAAGGGAAAACGAGGAUGUUGUAUAGUUCAAGUGUGACUUAAUGAUUUUUUGACCCUUAGGCAUUGAUUAUUGGUAUAUCUCUGCUAGAUACAUUGCAGUUACUUAUGGAAAGCAUGUGCAGGUUUGGCAUGCUCCUGCCCACAGCAAAGAGUUUGCACCAUUUUCUGUUCAUAGAACAUAUACUGGUCUCUAUGAUGAAACUGUUUGUAUUGACUGGUCAUCAGACUCCAGGUUAGUACAUCAUGAUAUAUAUGACCCUAAAUGAUGAGGUUGAGAAGCUACAAAUAUUUUAUAUAUGAUAUCUUAGUAUUCUAAAGUUAUUAGGCCUUCAGUCGUCAAGCUUGUUUGGGACUAUGUCAAUUAAAACGUGAGCAGCUUACAAAGAAAUUUCAAAUUUCAUGACUGCAGUGUAUUUUAACUUAAGUUGGCAAAGAAUAUAUCUGAGCAUUAAGCCUAAGAUGACUGCAAACCACCCGACUUGCCUCAAGCAAGCAAAUUUGAAGUAUAAAGGAGUGUUUUAAUGUUGUGAGUUGAUUCUUGUUAGUGUUCAAAUUUAUGUUCAAUUUUUGCAGGUUUUUUGUGGUGGGAAGCAGAGACAUGACAAGUCGCAUCUUUUCGUUAUUUCCAAUAAAUGGUUUUCUUCCAGUCACCUUGUCUGGCCACCAGAAUACUGUAAUAGGAUGUUAUUUUGCUCAAAACUCUUUGGAUGUAUCCUUGUUAACUACCACUUGUGUGAUGUACUUGUGAAGGUGGCCGUUAUAGAAAUUUAAGGCAAAUUGUGGUUAUAUCUAGAAAUUUUUUUGUUUAUUGUGGGUGACAAAACGAGCCUGCCACCUAUUCUUGGUCAGCAGCAAUAGACUUUUCUCGAUUCUGUUGAAAUUCUUGAGAUGCCCAUGUUGUACCAACUAAAUGCAUGGUAUGUGGCCGGAGGGCCCUGGGGUUGAGUUUUCAACAAAUCAUUAUUGCAAGCACACGUAAUUCAGGUACACAAGUACUGUACUAAAAUGGUACACUUUUUGAUUCGCCUUGCUGGCCUAGAAUCUAUUUACCGAGGAAAAUGAAAGUAGAGCCUGAUCUCAGUUUAGUGUGGGACAAGUUUUUGGUAAGAUACGAGUGCUAGCAAAGUAUAGAAAUCAAUGUAACUUAAGUUUAUUCAGGUCUCACUAUAGUGCAUGGUUUUUACAUUUUUAUACGUUUCCAAGCAUGUUAGGUUUCCUUGUCAUCCGAAAGCUUCAAUAAGCUUUAAACUCCAGUGGCAAUUUAAGCUGUUUCAUUUUGUUGUAUUGCAUAUCAGUGGCCCUUGGUCAUUGUACACGGAUUGAAUAUUCGAUUGAAAAAUAAGACUUUGUGCAUGACUGUACACACUCAUUACUGUUUCAAUAUAUAAUGUAUCUUUGCUGGCGAAUACAAACGUCUCCUCUCUCCUUACCAUUCGGGGAGCAACUGCGAAUAAAAUCAUUAAAUUAAAUAUGUCUUGUUUUCUGUUUUGUUCAAUCCAUUUUUCAUGAUCUGCAGUGACUCCUUUUGUUGACACUGUAACUAAAGGGCAUUCACCUACAUUUGAAAGGAGUUUCACCCCCACUUCCUAGCCAAUAGCUACUGCUAGUCUAGAAAUUUUGAGAGGCAAUAGUACAAGCUAUGAGUGCCUUUACAUUUAAUUCAGUACAUUUGUCUUAACAUCAUUAAAUCAGAUAUAUAGUGUGAGUCAGGAUGGUGUUUUACUUUGCUGGAAAUGCAGUACUUGGCUGGAGAGUGUGCACCUUGCUGAACUUUACCCCAGUCAGGAAGGUAAAUAAUUAUUAGGUAAAUAAUUAUUUCAAAAGUAGGUUGAGUUUGAUCGUCCGGGUGAACGUAGUCCUGAAUAGGACUGUUGUUGUUGACAGUACGUGACUGACGUUUUGACAACCUGUGCGGUAGUCAUCUUCAGAGUCAAAGUGAGUUCUAUCACGUCAGUUGAUGGUAUUAUCCUCUGGUUAUUGAUCUGAUUGGUCAAUUACGUUGCGAUGUUAUUGGUCGUCUGUCAGUUAAGCCGUGAUGUUAUUGGCUAUGAAGACUCGUUAUCAGUAAUUGGUGUGUUUUGAUCCGUCUAUUGUCACAGUUGAACAGUCGUCUAUUGUUAGUCAAAUUGUCAUUCCCUCGUAGUUGAAGUUUUACUUGAUCUCGUCAAUAAGUCGUUUAUACGGCACUGGUAACUGUUGGCUACGAUUCAGUGGCGUUUGUUCUAAGUUAGUAAACCAGCUUUCUAAAGUAAGACGUUGAUAGAGUAAAGUAGUACUUUAUUAUUAUAUGAAGUUCCAUUUAUAUUAUAGAAAUUAAUUUUUUUUGGAAUUGCUAUUCUUUUCCAGAUAGUGAAAAUCCAGUUAAGUGGAAGAAGCUCUUCAAGUAAGUAGUAAAGUAACUGUCUGUCUGCAGAGACCUUUUUGAGCUGUCUUAGCUGUCAGCUGUCUACAGUGUUUUUUUCUUUGUUUCACUCCAGCUAAGUGCUGAGCUCUACUUAUGAUCAUUUGCCAUUAGUUAUUUGUUUGGUCCAUUGAUCUUUAAAAACCAGGCAUUUUUACAAGCAAGAAAGUCCUGCCCAGCUGACAACCAGUGCCUUCCAUAAAUCAGCAUCUCUCCUUAUUGCUGGAUUUUCAAGUGGUGUGUUCACAUUGCAUGAAGUACCAGACUUUGUUCUUAUCCAUUCAUUAAGGUAUUCAUUAAUUUUUUUCAAUAAUUUCUUCUGUUGAGUUGAAUUUCCGUGCUAUACACCAACGAACUAUUUUAGUAGAAAAUAAUCAAUAAAAUGAGUGUAUUGUGUUUGUCCAGCAUAUCACAACAGACAAUCAAAACAGUGGCAGUGAACCCUAGUGGGGAGUGGCUGGCAUUUGGUUGUAGUAACUUAGGACAGUUGUUGGUGUGGGAGUGGCAAAGUGAAACAUAUGUACUAAAACAGCAAGGUCACUACUAUGACAUGAACACUAUUUGCUAUUCUCAAGAUGGAAAUUAUGUGGCAACCGGUGGAGACGAUUGCAAGGUUAGUAUCUACUGCUAACUUUGUGGUUCUCUAAAUGAUACAUAAAUAAAAUCUAUAACAUUGUGACUAUUUCUCUGAAAAACCUAGGCAUUUGAUAUAUUUGCUCUGGUUUUAUUAGGUGAAAUCAGGCCAAAGGAGCUAUUUGUUUAGUGGGGUAGGCUGUUUACAUUCUUAUAUCAGACCUGAAAGGAAGAAGAAGACUAAAGAACUGAAGCAGACAUAAGGGCUGGCUGUUGUUAGUAAAGAAAACAAUUUUUUUGUUUUUGUCACACAUAUUACAUGAACAGGGUGGUAACAGAAAAGUGGCAGAGACAGGGAAGAUUGAGCAAAUAGCUAGAACUAUGUUGAGCUUAUGAAAAAGCCACUGUAUUGAUUCCAAGGACCUCAUCAACAAUAUGUAUCACUGCCAUUUAGCUCAACUGGACACGUGCUGAGCAGGAAGAUGUGGUUUCAAAUCCUGAGGUCUGUAAGAAACUGACAUCUGCAAAUGGUUACACAUUCUAGUCUUCUCAGCUGGAGAUGAUUCAUCUAAAGCCUCAUCUCACAACCCUGCGCUUAAUGAAGAGUAUAGGAUGGGUACCCCAAAAAUGCCCUGAGAGGAGUGGUUACUGACAAUUUACUUUGUACAUGAACAAUUUACAAUAAUUACUUCUCAAAUGCAAGUUUAUCACGAAAAGGUUACAAGAAAACACUGCAGUUGACUGAAUAGUUUACUUUCUUGAACUUUCAGGUCAAGCUGUGGAAUGUGAUGUCUGGUUUCUGUUUUGUAACAUUCAGUGAACAUACAUGUUCAGUGACAGGUGUUAUAUUCACACCCAACAGUCAAGUUGUUUUGAGUUGUUCCCUGGAUGGUACCGUUAGGGCAUUUGACCUGAAAAGGUACAAAACUCCAUCACUUUUUCUUACAAACUUGGAUGUAGGGCUACCCGCUCUCUGACUCAGUUACGUAGACUGACAUUAUUUAAGUUUAAUUAAUUAAAAUUAAUCCAUUAAAAACAGACCUGAACAGUGCAUUUGGUGGAACUUGUAGGGAACAUAAGAACCAUGCUAGCUAGUCUACCCAAUUAUAUAUAAAUUCACCAAGAUUACUAAACAUCAGGAGAAAACAAUCAUGUUAUUUUCAUCUUUCCAGGUACAGAAAUUUCCGUACCUUUACUUCUCCUCAUCCUGUCCAGUUCUCAUGUUUGACUGUUGAUAGCAGUGGAGAGGUGGUCUGCUCUGGUUCACUUGAUACAUUUGAAGUUUUUGUUUGGUCUAUGAAAACAGGAAGACUUCUUGAGGUAGCUUGCAGUUCUAAACGUUUUUAUUCCAGCAACCUACAAAUUGUCUAAUUGCCAAAAAACUGAUGCUCUGAAGUUUCUAAGGAAUUUUCUUUGAAGAAUUAUCUUUGUCAUGCAUAUUUUACUUGCAUCCCGAGAACCAGUAGAAGUCGUUUGACCUGUUGGAUAUGUUAUGAUGUGCCACUGAACGCAACUAAACAAUAUCAUAAUUUGGGAACAACAAAAUGAUCUCUUGCAGGCUCAUUGGUUACUAGACAAUGGAAAUCAUGUAGUGUUUUUUUCUUUUUCUCUGCUCAUCGUAAAUGUCACGUCUGGCUCAAAUUAAUUGAGUUAAGCACUCUUUAGACAAGUAGUCUCUUGUUACUAUAAUAAAUGUAUUAAUCUUCGGUAAACUGUUCUACUGCUUCACUGUCUGGAGUAAUACCUCUUGAACAAAUUUAAGCAAGUUACAGGCAGUCCAAAAAUUUGCCUGUCAUAUUGUAAGUGGAAAAAGGAAAUUCGACCACAUAGCUCUAGCUUAAUGAGCUUCUCUACUACGAAGGUUAGCAUUAGGGUGAGGGUUAGGGUUAGCCUGCAGAACAAGAAAUUCUCAAAUGAUCAAAAUUCCUCUUUUUAGAACAACUAACGGCCAAACAUAUUUUUAUUAUAGAACAGCCACCUAACGAUAAUCAGUGAGCCAUUUUAAACGUUGUCUUAAGUUAAGCCUCAUACGUAAUUUUUGUCCCUAUAUUUGAUUAGAAUUGACUUGUGCUAUGUGCAGGCUUCUUUCUUAGACUCGUUUUAUUUUUCUUAUUGUACUUUGCAAUAUUUUUGCUUAAUCUAUCUUCUAGUUUUUAUUGAUGAUUUAUUCUAAUUAAAUAGUUCAAACUGUAAUGUCAUGUAUAUUUUAGUUUUUAUUUUUACCUCUGAAAAUCCUCCAUGGGGAAGUGGUAAUAAAGUGUGUAUGUAUGGUUCUUGCACAAAGUUUUCCACGAAUUAUUGUUUGCAAUUUUAAACCCCAUUGGUUUGUACCUUUGCAAUAAGACCACUAUUCACUUCUUGAACAUUUAUACGUCAUUUCUAUGAUGUAUGAGAGUUUACACAAUGGAAAAGUGUUGUCAAUAUUGUUAAAUAUCAUGUGUAAGCUAGCUUGUGGUGUUUUGCUUUUGCAGGUACUUGCUGGACACGAGGGACCUAUUUCUGGACUAGUGUUCAGUUCUUCUCAGCCACUUUUGGUCUCAGGAUCAUGGGACAAAACUGUUAGACUGUGGAACAUGUUUGACAGCAAAGUAACAUGGGAAACACUAAAUGUGGGAUCUGAGGGUUUGUUAAUCUGUCUUCUUUUCAUACUUUUGAAAGUAAUCGUGUUGCUAUGCAUAAAGCAUUGUGUAGAAACUGAGUCCGAUAUUAACUAACCUCCUAGUGUCAGUAGCCUGCGUAGCAAGCGUUUCCAGGCUAUGGUGUCAGCUGUUGGAAAUUUGGAUAGUACAAGCUUUCCACUGGAUAAAAUGCUGUCCAGAGGUUAUACACCAGCUGGAGAUUUAUUCACUUUGUAGCAAUAGCUAAUAGCCAGUGUUAAGACUGAGUUCAUGGAUGUUCUGUUAUCGUCGUCAUCUUCAUUAGGGACCUUAAGCAAUGACAACGACGACGGGAGUAAAGACGUCGCUAAAGAAAAAUUACGUUCUUUCAGACUUUAUCGCGUCUAUUUGGAGCCGCUUUAUAUGUCAAGAGUUGAAUUCAUAAGGACUUUAUCCAGGUUCAAAAAGAGAAAGGAGAAUUCGUCUUCGUAUGUCCACGUCCUCCAUAAAACGUCGCAUUAGGAGGUAUUACGUCUUAAGGUGAUGUUACACGAGACGAUUGACAACGACGAUUCUUAGCGCAACACUGUGUUGCAACAUUGUUGCAACGUUGUUUCGAAUGGUUACAACAUUGUUCCAGCACUGCAACGCUGUGUUGCGCGAAAAAUCGUCGUUGCGAAUCGUCCCGUGUAACAUCACCUUUAGUCGUGCAGUGGACGUCAAAGAAAUGUACUAAAAAGCGUAAUGCACGUGCAGAGCUGUUGUUGUUGUUGUUUGAAGUUGUCGUUGUGGUCGUCGUCGUAGUUGCUUAAGCUCCCUAAUAUCCUGCCCCAAGUGGCUUGUGGGGCAUUAUUAAGCUUCUUCCAUUCCUGUCUCUCCCAGUUGGAAGCUUUUAAAAAGACCUGACUUCUUCCUCUACAGUCCUUCUCCAGAUGGAUUUGGGAUCAACUACUUUUUCUUGUACCCUUUAGUGCCCUUUAAGAGGGCUGUAAAUAUGUUAGUAGAUAUGGUAGUGGUUUCCCCUUGAAGUAUGUGACCAUUCCAGCCCCAUCGUCUUGCAAGAACAGCCCUUGUCCUCCUGCUUGGUCAGUUGAAAGAGCUCGUAGCACUCUUAGUAAAACGUUGUACUUAAGAAGUUAAGUCGAAAUCAAGAGCUGGCAUAUCAAUACNACCAUUCCAGCCCCAUCGUCUUGCAAGAACAGCCCUUGUCCUCCUGCUUGGUCAGUUGAAAGAGCUCGUAGCACUCUUAGUAAAACGUUGUACUUAAGAAGUUAAGUCGAAAUCAAGAGCUGGCAUAUCAAUACGAUGUCAAGAAGGGUCGUCUGCUGACAGUCAAGGGGAAUUGACUUUAUAUUUAACGGAAUCCAAACUCCAAAAGUAACAACUCCAAAUUCAUCUAUGGUGAUCACUAUCAAUUUGCAUGGGAGAACGUAUAUUUUUUCAGUUAUUUUGGUGUUUGGUUUCUUUCUUCUAUAUUCUAUGAUACGAGUUUACAACUUGGGCUAAAAUUGGUGGUGCAAUACUCAGUGCACUUACGAUUAUAAAGAAAUAUGGGAGUUAAACUGACCCAGCUGCAUUGCUUUAGUGUUGGCAGUGACCGUACGUCCUGACGGCUUGGAGGUGGCAGCAGCAUCACUGGAUGGACAGAUAAGUUUCUUUGAUGUAAGAACAGGUUUACAAACUGCAUCAGUGGAAGGACGAAGGGACCUUGCUCCUGGAAGGCGGAGCUCAGAUAAGAUAACUGCUCAGACCAUGCUCUCAUCAAAGUAAGUAUCAGGUUAACUAUUCUCAGCAAGUUGUUGAUGGUAGACGUAAAAAAGUUUCUGCGUAAAUGUUCUUGUUGUUCAACCAGUUUUCCUCUUACAAACCCAUUUUAACACGAGCCGUCAUAAACAGAACUAAGAGUGCAUUUUUUUUUCUUUUCUCCUUGCUCUUUCCAUUUCCCCCUCCUCAUCAUAGUGUAAUGAUUUGGGGCUUUUCGGACGGCACGCAACAAACCUCGCGCUCUGGCCAUAAUUUUCGCUAGACGCGAUUAAAUCCAACUAGAUAUGGGGAUGUAUAAAAGUGCUCAUUUAUUGGAGUCUUAUUUGUUUUGUCUCUUAUUAAGGUGUUUUACCAGUUUGUGCUACACUGCUGAUGGAAAAUGUGUUUUAGCUGGUGGAAGAUCCAAAUUUGUUUGUAUUUAUCACGUGCAACAGCAGGUGAGUGUAGCUUCCGAUUGUAGAUUAAAUAUACAAUGAUGAGCUCGUAACUGAAGGGUUCUAUAAAGGUUGGUAGAGUAGAAGGAAAGAAAGGCCUCAAGUAUCUUAACUUCUUGUAUUAGUAUUUGCCGAGUAGAAAUAUAGAGUCAAACCCCCUUUAGAAGAAGGCCAAAAGGUAAAGUGUCCGCCGCAUUAUCUGAGACAGAGUGGUAUCCUCAGUCUUCAUAGAGGUAAGAAAUGCAUUAAGUUUGCUUUUUUUUGGUAUCAAAAGAAUUGUCCGUAAGGUGAAGAGGGUGCCAAAAUUUCUCUUAGCUUAAUAUGUGAGUUAGGACCAGUUUAGGAUUUUUAAUUGAUUAUUGACAAAGAUGAGUCGAACUUUCCUUUUCGUAUUCUAAGAUACUCUUUUUCACCUUAUUUAGGUCCUGAUUAAACGGUUUGAGAUUUCAAAAAACUUGUCUUGUGAUGGAAUGAAGGUAAUCGUAUGCCUACCUUUUUCCCCAAAAUUUCCAAAUUACCCUGUUUCUUGUUGCCUUGGUGAAGUACUGGUCACCGGUGGAUGUCUAAUAGGGCUGCUCUAUGACUUUUUUUUCAGGAAUUUCUUCACAGUGGUAAUAUGACAGAUGCAGGACCACAGGACCAAAUUGAUGAUAAUGUAAAUGAUCAGGAAUCAGUGUCCCUUCCUGGGGUGUUACAUGGUAAGCCAGCCAUGGGUGAGGGGGGCGGGGGGGGGCACCAACCAAGUAAAUUAAUUUGUGGUCUUUUGUUUUGUUGUUUGUUGUUGUAUUAUGAUGGCCACUCGCUAAGUUGUCAAGUAAUAUUUACCUGUGUCAAGAGGCGCUGGGGUGAAAAAUUGUUCUAGUGCAAAUCAUUUCGGUGAAUGGCCAGUACAUAAUAGUUUUCCUCAGAAGAACAAAUGGAGAAACCAUUAGCCCUGCAACUUACAAUAAUUUUAGGAGGUGAAAUGCAAUCGUGUCAAUCGGGACCUUGUGUUUGAGUACUCAGUAAGCUUGCGAAAAACACUUUCUGUUGAUGUGGUAUUCAUACAGUAGGAAACUUAAAAUAAGUCACCGGUACCAUGCAAUGUUUUUUUGGUGUGUUAUUACUGUCGCAGGUGAUAUGAGUUCCAGGAGAACCCAGCCAGAAAUUCGAGUCAAAUCACUACAGUUCUCACCAACAGGUAACGAUAUUUUGAUUGACAGACUUCCGGUGCAAUCUCGUUUUUGUUACUGGUGAUCCGGCCCCAGUAUUAUUGCUAUCGAGGCGUCUCGGCAAUAGUGGAAGGUAGUGAGAAUAUUUCUCGCUAUGGAGGCAUCCUAAAUUGUUUGGACAGGAGAAUGUGUUAAAUUAAAAGGUUGUGUUCUUUGCUUCGUGAAAUUUUCUUGUCCUCAGCUAGAAGAAAGUUUUUAAAACUGUAUUAAACUGAUUUAAUCAGCAGUGGAUGUUUUUUGUUUGUAGGCCGGUCAUGGGCUGCUGCUAGUACUGAAGGACUUUUGGUUUAUUCACUGGAGUCUGAUAUUGUUUUUGAUCCAUUUCAACUGGACUGUGAUGUGACUCCUGAGAGGACAUUACAAGCCAGUAGCGACAACGAACACACAAAAGCACUAAUAAUGAGUUUGAGGCUGAAUGAGCCACACCUGAUUUGUCAAGUUAUGGAGGCUAUUAAACCAUUUGACAGUCAGUAUUGAGUUAACGAAACACCUUUAUACAGUAGAUCCACGUACUAUCUUACUAACACUAGCGUGCAUAAUAAAAGUUACAAACGGCACAGAAGUAUACGAUGAUUUAGCGCUGCAGUUGCAGGCAAGUUUUAUUGAGGGAGAUCAUUAAGUAUAAUCCCGCCCAGGGUUUACAGCUAUCUAUACGAUCUCGACAAUUGUGCCGUACUGUCUCUACCCUUAGGUGACAACAUCCUUCUUGCAAAGACCAUAUGGAUUACUGUCAACAGUUUCUUUAUCUCUUCUGAAAGAAUGUAUUCCACUUCAGCUCAUAGAUUGUACGUACUUUGGAGCUAGGCUGGAGCUUGGUUUCUGAGAGAUGUUAUGUUUGUUUGAAAAUAACUCUUUUCUUUUAGUAAAUUAAAUUGCUGAAUAUAUAGUUUCAGCUUUGAAUCUUCAAUGGAUCGCUUUAAUUUACAUUAAAAAGAAUAGUUCUCCAUGAGUCGCAGCUGCAAAUAGAAUUUCGUUGAAUUUUUAGGGUUUGUACGAGUGAUCUUCUCUAUUGGUUAUGAUGAUAUUUCCACAAAAAUACAUCGAUUUAACGUAUAAACCUUAAACGGAAAAUAGCAAAGUUUUUUCUCUUUUUAUCCAUUAGUUCCCUUGGUGGUACAGUCACUGAAAGAUCCUUAUAUUGAACUUGUGUUGAAGUUUGUCGCGCUACAACUGGAAAAGUCACGUCAUCUUCAUUUUUACCUGUUGUGGUGUCAACAGAUUUUAAGUGCGCAUGGUCAACAGUUAAAAGCACUGUCCAACAAACUGUUAGUCGUCUUACGCAGUUUACAGAAGGGCCUUACCAAACAGCAGGAAGACCUUGGCAAAAUGUAAGUUAGUCGGUCCAAAGAAAUGCCGUAUACAUAGACUGCUAAACUGAAUUGUAACUGUCCCUUUACUACUUGCCGUGUCUGGCUCUGAAAAAAGAAAGGUAUUUAGCUCUGCCUUGUUAAGCUACUGGCCGAAGCACAGAAGAGACAGCUAACCCAAACAUGUCGGACUGUAAUUUAGCUAUUCAGUUAGGUAGUGUAAGUGGCUUGUCGGUCGAGUCAAACCUAGCUGAGGUAGCAAUUAAAAAAAGAAGUCCGGCGAUUUGCCCAGCGAUUUGCCCGGCGCGUUUCUCUUUUUAGCCCUUCCGGGCCACAUGAGGAAUUGUAGAUAUUGAUAAGUGGAUGCCCAGAUUUGCGAGAGACUUGCAAACGUGCAGUUUUCAUUUUUAUUGUCGUUUCGGAUUGAGUUGUUUAAAAAGUUGGAAUUUAAUAGCUGUGCGGGGAUAAUAAGUAGUAUAAACUAAAUCUUUGCGGCUUUUCUGUUGCAGCUGCUUGAGCAAUGCUUACAGUCUCAGCUAUAUCACAUCACUUGCUGAUCUACUCAGUACAGCCCAUAAUAAUGAGAACUCUGACGUCAUGGGUACGGCAUCGCCUGUGCCGUUUGAUAACAAGGAUAUGUCGUUAUGGUAUGUGCGGCCCUAAAUAAAUGUUGUUAUAAGAAGUCAUGAGCCGGAGACACGAAUGGACGUUAUUGUCCACGCAAAGUGUCUCGGGAAUUCUUUGCACCCAUUUGUUAUUCUCACACGUCUUGAGACUGGAGAUCUUUCAAUGUUCAAUAUUUGCUCAGAACGCUUCUCAGGGCCCUUGGGUGGGCAGUUCUGUAGGCAAUCGCCUUGGAAGGAACGGUUUAUCUGCCAGUGUGACACCAGAGGUUUCACAGAAGAACUAAACCGAAAAGUGGGUUAGUUAAGAAUCAACUAAAUACUCUAGUGAUGCAACUUCUCAAAUAGCAAAUAAUUGAAAAAAAAAUUUAAAGCAAAAAUUCGAAAAAACUUUUUGCUAAUUUAUAGCAUAUACCAACCAUACAUCGUGAAUUUCGGCAGCCAAAGCGUGCAUGACCCAAUUCACCGCUCGGUUCUGUGGGAUUUUUCCCUCCUUCCAAUCCCCAUCCCUCGUUUUAAAUUCCUCUGUCAUUUCUAAAUUUAGCUUGUUCAAAAGAUUCAAAAUAAAGAAAAAAUAUCUUACAUUCACAGAUCAGCAAAGUGUUGGUGAAAUGUGACAGUUGUUAGAACUCUUCGAGAUUUGAACCCAACAAGACGAGUUACUGAGUACAUACAGCAAUUCAGCGAAUGGUUAUGGUGUCUUCAUAGCACUCCGAUUGGCUUGCUCGUAAAUGAGCGAUUCACUUUAGAGUAAACCUAUAAUGCCUUCCGUUUUUGAUUUAGUGUAAAAAGCAGGAUUUUACUAAGACCUUUGUCGUCGCUGGACUGCUUUACAUAUAAAUCCGACGAGUAAUAACUCUGUCAAUGAAGAGGGAUUACGCCAAUAUUCAAACAAUUUCAUUCUGUUUUUUUCUUCCAUGUAAAUAUCUUUAAUGGAAAACUUAAAUUAAACAUCUGAAAUUAUACUCCAGAGUAUUCGAUUUUCUCAACGUCAAAGGUAUGCAAGUUUAACCUUUUGUAUUCAUGAGUCUGUAUUUCAAAACUUACUUUCCAUGUAGCCUGCGUACUGUCGCUGGCAGUUUCGAUGGAGCGUGGUGAACAUAUAAGGGAAAAGUGCAGGAGGAGGUGUAUCAAAUUAACAUGGCUGUGCGUUAUUUCCGCUCCUUCCUUACUUCUCUUUUCGUUACUUGUUUUUUCGUCAGUACUUCGUAUUUUUUUAUAGGUUUUGUUAUUUGCUUUAGGGCCUGUUUACAUGGAGGUGGGGGACCCCAGGUAGGUGAGGUAACUCGCUUAGGUGGGGUAACCCGCCUGUCCAUAUAAUCUCUCAUUUUAAUUUGAUCACGUUUACAUGAUAGGUGGGGUGACCCGCAAAGGCGGGUAGCCCGGUCUACCAGACCGGGUUACCCUCUCAGCCGGGGUCAAAUUUUGCCAUGUAAACGUUUAAGGUGGGGUAACCCGCCUGGCCGGGGUCGGAUUCGUAAUGCAUCCAAUUCGCGAAAAAAACACUCUUUGGCGGUGGCUUUGCAUCAUUAUUAGAGUUAACAAUAGAAAGCCAUUGCACUGAAGGUUGCAGCAAGAGCAACAAGGGAGUACAGAAGGGCGUUAAUAGCCAAAACACGUGGUUUGCCAGCAUUUUUCUUGUUUACGUGGUAAACGACCAUUCAAUAAUCUUGAGAAAGUGCACCCCGGGAUGGCGGGGUUGCAAGAUUGCAUGUAAAGGAGGGUUAUUUUUUUACCCCACCUAGGCAGGUUACCUCACCUACCUGGGGUACCCGACCUCCAUGUAAACAGGCCCUUAGUUACUUUCUUUUCCUUACCCCACUUCCACAUUUCCCUUAGCAUUGUUUUCAAUUUCUCUUGGGAGGGCUGUAAUACCCAGAAGAAAUGAAAAACAAAGGUUAUGCAAAUUUGGGGG